UCACUUGCCAGCUCAUGAUCUUUUUCAAUAACAAAAAAAACUUAUUAUAUGCUCACCACGCCGGACUUUUCUACUCUCUGUCGCGUUGUGAAAGAAGCGGUGUAAAGACUUGCUCAAAGGAACUGAAAAUACUUUACCUGGAUUUUAAGCUGAGACACUGCAACCUCCAUGACUUGUUAAAACAUACGCGGGAGAUUAUUGGCGCAGAAUCUUUACUGCAUGUCAUGGUUUCCCUAAGAGCGUUUGCUGCAUCCGUUUCAGAGCACUCUCGACUUCGUGAGUAUAUAACUUUACGCUGCUGCCUCGACUCGCAGCAAGUUGAAGCUUGCUAUUACCUACUUCAUUUACUUUCUUGAAAUUGCAUUAUUUAACGUCUUAUUCGUCAGUGACAGGAGAUGGUGUCGCAGCGUAUGAAUGCUGUUUUGUAGACAAACAAUCUAAAGUUUUUCCUUUUUUGUUUCAAAAAGCUAAUAUGGGGAAGGUCAUCUGGCGAAGGAUGAUCGAGUUACGUAUUCUUUCACGGGUACUUAUUGAACGCGGGGCAGUUGCGUCAACUGAAACUAUUCGAAUCGACAAUUCGAAAACGUUGCCCAAUUCGCUGCACGGAGAAGAGACACUUUUGGGACAGCGACAUCGUUCAAAGAGAAGAUAGUCACCUUCGACCCGAAGCAGAAGAUUCGGAGCACGAACAUUCAACUCGAGUUAGAAAAAGAAGAACGACUGGAACGUGAACGCC